AUGAUGUUCUUCUCCUCGUCAUGCUUUACACUCCUUUCCAUUGUACAACUAUCAGUCAUAUCAGGAUUUGCUCCGAUCCACCAUGUUCCAGUCUCGCCAACAAGUUGUUCUUCUUCAUCAGCAGCUCUUCACAUGGCAUCACCACCACCACCACCACCACCACCACCACAAGAACCACCAAUGAUGCCCGCUUUGAACGAUAAAGAGAUUCGAGAAAUUCUCGAUCAAAUUCCAGUCUAUGGUUUGAUUUCCAAAGAGACUGGUUCUCUAUUUCUCGUGGACGAUGAUACCCAAGUUGCCCAGGAAGGAGAGAGAGAGGAGGAUGUCGUCCCACCAACAUCCAAUGGCAAAAAGACGAUUGCCAAUUUUUAUCUGUCCCCCGAAUUCUGUCAAGCGCUGGUCGCUGGAAACGAAGACCAAUUGGAAGUCGGAGUCUAUCGCCUGGGUCAAGUUUAUUUUGAUUACUACCAAAAGGAGAGCAAAGCUGCUACUACUACUACUACUACUACUAUGGAAUACCGUAUCAUUCCGGAUGCUCGCAACGUCCAACAGGCCCGGUCCAUUCUCAGUCAAAUGGCCGGGAUUCAAAAUGCCUUCUCGUCCAGUCCACUCCAAAAGGAAGGGUACGUUGAAAUUCCAAUAUUUAUGGAUCAACACUUACGACUAGCCGAAGAACUAGGUGACUCGGAUGAAGAUUAUCGAGAAAUCUUUCCAAUGUACUUUGGUUGGAACGACCUGGUGACGACCUGUCAAGAAUACGUAAAGGGCAUGAAAGACGCUGGUAUGGACGAAGAAGAAUAUGAAGCGGCCAUUAGUGUGGCCGAAUUGCAUCAAUUGGUUGCGGAAAUGCGCCGAGAGUCUCCCAUUGACUUUCGCAAUGUGCAAUUUGUGCCGGCUUCCCCUCGACCACUGGACGAAGAAGGUGCCAAGACAGAAUAA